CCCGCAUUCGCACGUUAAAAGCCGGAUCGCAAAGACGUCUGGAAUUUGUUGUUUGUGCCAAUUAAAGUCACAGGAAUUUAAGUAGUAAUAGUACGUGUUACUUAUCUUUGUUGCUACCAUAAAAAAGUGUGUGUUUAAAAAUGGCAGAGCUUUCAAAUGAAUUAAAGCAGUUGUUCGAGUUCGUCAACGGCAAGAAGGCUGAUUACAUCGAGACCCUGAAGACUGCAGUGGCCAUACAAUCGGUGUCCGCAUGGCCAGAGAAGCGAGGCGAGAUCGAUCGCAUGGUCGACUGGACAGCUGAUAAGUUGAAGGCACUUGGCACCGAGAUCGAGUUGGUUGAUCUGGGUAAACAGACACUGCCCAAUGGACAGGAGCUCCCGCUGCCUAAGGCACUGCUGGGCACACUGGGCAAGGAUAAGGCGAAGAAGACUGUGCUGGUCUAUGGUCACUUGGAUGUGCAGCCCGCACUCAAGGAGGAUGGCUGGGAUACCGAACCCUUUGAGCUCACUGAAAUCGAUGGCAAACUCUUUGGACGCGGCUCGACCGACGAUAAGGGACCUGUGCUGUGCUGGAUUCAUGCCAUCGAAGCGUACAACAAGUUGAACAUUCCGCUGCCAUUGAACAUCAAGUUUGUUUUCGAGGGCAUGGAGGAGAGCGGCAGCGAGGGAUUGGAUGAGUUGUUGAUGGCGCGCAAGGACGACUUCCUUUCCGAUGUGGACUUUGUGUGCAUCUCCGACAACUACUGGCUGGGCAAGAAGCGUCCCUGCCUCACCUAUGGACUGCGUGGUCUUGCCUACUUCCAGGUGGAGAUCGAGUGCGCCAAGAAGGAUCUGCACAGCGGCGUCUUUGGCGGCACCGUGCACGAGGCAAUGCCUGAUCUCUGCUACAUUUUGAGCACUCUGGUUGAUAAGGACACCAACAUUCUCAUUCCUGGUGUCAAUCGUGAUGUUGCUCCCCAAUUGAAGAACGAGGAAGAAAUCUACAAAAACAUCGACUUUGAAGUGGACGAAUACAAGAAAGACGUUGGCACCGAACACCUGCCCCACAACAGCGAGAAGACCCGCCUGCUGCAGGCCAGAUGGCGUUACCCCAGUCUCUCGAUUCACGGAAUCGAAGGUGCUUUCUACGAGCCUGGAGCUAAAACUGUCAUACCCAAGAAGGUCAUUGGCAAGUUCUCGAUUCGCUUGGUGCCCAACCAGGAUCCCAAGCACAUUGAGGAAUGCGUUGUCAAGUACAUCAACGACAAGUGGGCCGAGCGUGGCUCACCAAACCAAAUUAAGGUUGUCAUGUUGUCCGCUGGCAAACCCUGGACUGAGGAUCCCAAUCAUCCGCAUUACGAGGCCGCCAAGCGUGCGGUGAAACAUGUCUUCAAUGUCGAACCUGACAUGACCCGCGAGGGCGGUUCCAUUCCAGUGACUCUGACGCUGCAGGAGGCCACAGGCAAGAACGUCAUUCUGGUGCCCGUCGGUGCCUGCGAUGAUGGCGCUCACUCCCAAAACGAGAAGAUCGAUAUCUACAACUACAUUGAAGGAACUAAACUGCUGGGCGCCUAUUUGCACGAAGUGGGCAAAUUGUAGAGCGGAUUUUAUAGGAUCAUAUCCUAAGCUUACAUCACGAUGGAACAUCACAUUUUAAUUGAUACACAUAACACACGACUAAUCCUUGAAAAAUUUUUUACUACAUACGUUUUGUAUUCAACAAGCGAAUAAAUAUUAACAAACUGCA